CAUGACGUAAUAUCUGGCUACAUUUCACCCUGGCGUCUCGCGUCGAUGACGUAACACGGCGUGGGAACGUCAGAGACCGAGAGAGAUCGGGGUCAGGCCGAAUCAAUUGCAUGGAGCAGAGAGACUCGGCACAGGCUGCAAUAAAAAGGCACCAAUGCAUCAAGUGUACCUACAGCACGGAUAAAAAAUGUGACUUGAAGAGACAUCAGAGAACACACACUGGAGAGAAGCCCUUCAAGUGCACUGUGUGUGAGAAGGCAUUUGCAUGGUCAUCACAUCUUGACAGACAUCAGAGAACACACACGGAUGAGAAGCCCUUCAAGUGCACUGUGUGUGGGAAGUCAUAUACACGGUUAGGAACUCUUCAGGAUCAUCAGACAACACACACGGGUGAGAAGCCCUUCAAGUGCACUGUGUGUGGGAAGGCAUUUAGACGGUCAUCUCAUCUUCAAAAUCACCAGAGAACACACUCAGGCGAAAAACCCUUCAAAUGCACUCUAUGUUGGAAGGCAUUUAGGCAGUCAUCUCAUCUUAAAAAACACCAGAGAACACACUCAGGAGAGAAGCCCUUCCAGUGCAUUGUGUGUGAGAAGACAUUUGCAUUUUUAUCAAUUCUCCAAAGACACCAGAGAACACACACGGGUGAGAAGCCCUUCAAGUGCACCAUAUGUGGGAAAACAUUUGCAUGGUCACAAUGCCUUCAUAUUCAUAAGAGAACACACACAGGCAAGAAGCCCUUAAAGUGCACUAUAUGUGGGAAAGCAUUCACACAGUCAGGAUAUCUUCAUGAUCAUUGGAGAACACACAGAGGCGAGAAGCCCUUCAAGUGCACUGUGUGUGAGAAGACAUUUGCAUUUUUAUCAAUUCUCCAAAGACACCAGAGAACACACACGGGCGAGAAGCCCUUCAAGUGCACCAUAUGUGGGAAUACAUUUGCAUGGUCACAAUGUCUUCGUAUUCACCAGAAAACACAUAUGGACGAAAAGCCCUUCAAGUGCACUAAAGGCCGAAAGAGGCAUGAGAAGAUCCACAAGGAGAUGGAGGUGGAAUUGAGACGUGAGAGUCAAAGUUCUACAUUGACUCCAUCUAAAAUGAAACAAGAACCAGAAGAUAACCCCAGCUUUGCAAUGUGGUCAGGAGUGAAGGCGGAAUGUGAAGAAGUGAAGGUGAAAUGUGAAAAAGUGAAGGUGAAAUACGAAGAUGAAGAUUUUUCUCCAGGACCCGACUUCCAAGUGGAUGGAGGCAGUGUGAAGCAGGAGGAGCAUCCGGUCUCUGAAGGAGAGCGAAGUGACCCCCAGGAGUUUGUGGAUGUGGAGAAACAAUCACACGGACCAGGGACGCCCGGCACAGCCCAGCAUUAAAAGGCACCUACGCAUCCAGUAUCCAUAUAGCACGGACCAGAUCGCAACUUAAGGAAUCCCCGAGACCACACACGGGAGAGAAACACUUCAAGUACACUGUGUGUGAGAAGACAUUUACGCAGUCAGACACCAUAAAAUACACAGGUGAGAAGCCCUUCAAGUGCACCGAGUGUCCUAGAAAUCAACAUAUCUCAACAGGCACUAUAAAAUGCACAUAGGCAAGAAGCUAUUCAAAUGUAUGCUGUGUGGAAAGGCUUUUGCACGGUCAGCAACGCUGGACAAAUAUGGCAGAGAAGCAGUUCAAGUGCACUCUGUGUGGGAGAAUGCUCAAUAAAUCAGAGUCUGAUAGUCUUCACAAGCAAACGUGUAUAACAGAUGAUCUCUUCAAGUGCCUUGUCUGUGGAAAACGGUCUACACGUUUGGCAACUCUCCACCUUCACCGGCGAGUGCACAUGGUAGAGAAGCCCUUGGUGUGCACUGUGGCACAGCAUUUGGACAGUCAGAAGUUCAAUACAGGCAUGAGGGCAUCCAUAAAGAGAGGAUGGUGAAAUCGGCAUGUGAAAAUCUAAAUUCUUCAAUGAGCCCGUUUUUGAUCAAACAAAAAGCAGAAGAAAAUUCCAGCUUUGAAACGUGGCCAGGAGAAAAGGUGAUCUGUGAAUAACGGAAGGUGAAAUGUGAAGUGAAUAUUUGACUCCAGAGUCCGACCUCCAGGUGGACGGAGGCAGUGUCAAACAGGAUGAGAAUUCGCACUUCUUCUUUCACAUCGCAUUUUUGGGGAUUGCAACAGAUUACAAAUUAAUGUCGAGAUUAGAUAUCUAUUCAACUGUUUCAGGAGUAGCUGCGCGGAUUAGUUUCAGAUCGCUGUUGAAUGAUCUGAUUUGGGCAGUCGGUCACUAUCUUGCAUGGCCUGAGAUGUGACACCACAGUCACAAACUGGACUCUCAUUAAUUUGCUAUUAAUAGAGAAAGUGUCCGCGUCUUCCAUGGAGUGUCCGGAUCCGAUUCAAGGAGGAUUAGAUCUUCUUUGGUAAGUCAGAUCCUGGUUGGAGGAUUAUGGGGGGGUCCGCUGAUGGAUUUCUGCAGCAGGUUGAUAUUUGCCGAGGCGUUCCUUCAUUGUGCUUCGGUAGUUUUGUCGUCGUCAUGGAGGUUCUUUGUAUAUUUCCAGAAAGGUUUUUUGGAUUUCAGCCUUGCGGUGGUGGCAAAGAGAUGUCCUUGUUUAUUGAGAGGUUUGGAUUUGUGAUGGCCUUGUGGUACUCCCUCGCACAAACGGCAUCGUGGCGGAGCUGCGGAGGAGCGAUGUUUGUGAGGACCGGAAGGCACGGCAGCAGUGUGCUUUUGGUGUCCCUGAGAUGAUCCUCAUGGCUGCAUUUAGCUAUGUAUCCACCAACUUCAUGUGCAUGCUUUUGUUCCAUGCUGGGCCUGAGAGAAGGCUAGUGCUGUGGUGGCCGUCCAGAACGUUGUUAAAGGAUGAGGCAACCCCCAGGAGUUUGUGGAUGUGGAGGUGUGGGUGGACUUUGUUGACAAAGCAGAGUAGGAGGACAGCAGGGCUGAAAUUGAGUCCAGAACAAUCUGUAACCAGCUGUGCUCAAUCUCAAAGAUGUUGGAGAUCAUGGCCCUAUAUUUACUUAUAUGAUAUCUAUGGAAUGACCCUUUGUGUUAGCCAAGAUAACAAUGCCACAAGUGGACAAGUACAAGGACAAUGCAAAUAUCAAAUCAUUAAUAUAUCUGGUCAAGCAGUUAUAUCUCUGCGACCCUUUGUUGCCGGUAUCAAGAUGCUGAAAAAAUGAAUAGGCUUGACCCUUCCUGGCAAUAACAGGAUGUUAAAACACUAAAUAGACACUCAUUAUUGCGAGGCAUCAUCAAGGCUGCAUUAGCCACACAUCAUGCUUGGGUAAAACAUGCAAACAUGCUUUUAUAAGUAUUUACACAGUCUUUGAAAUGAAUUGGCCUACGUCAGAGCUACAGUCUCCUUUAAAUUAUGGUCGCACCUUUUAUAGACUCGAGAACAACACCAACAGGCCAACAGUGCAAGGGUAAUGGUUUUGAUAAUGUAUGCAUUGCAAUCGUUCUGAAGAUUUGUUAAACUAAAUUUAAAAAACCCUAUACAUUUUAUUUGUUAAAAUAAAAAUAAUGACCCUGUUAUAAAAAUAUAUACUGUAUAACCUUAUGAGUCCUGACUUUUGGACCACACCAUAUAUAUUCUCUUUAAGGCAGUGUUAUUUACACUUUUCAGUUACCGGCAGCCCUUAAUUUGCGAACUGGUUCCAUUCCAGGGUUAUGCAAGUCGAACGGUUCGUUUGAGGCAUUGUUAAACUUGUAAAUGAGAUUGCACAUUUGGAUGGAAUAAACAUAUAGUAAAUAAAAAAUGUAAAGUAGCAAAUAGAAAAAAAACAGCGUUUUAUUUUCACUCACUGUGAGUCCCCACAAUUGCACACCCAUGGGUGGGGGGGAUGCGCACAUAAAAUACAAAGAUAGUCUUAACAGCCUGUUGGGGCAAGUGCUGUUAGAAAGCACC